GAUUUAAUAACCAGGAGGAGGGGGGCUGCACCGGCCGGCCGGCGAUCUGAUGAUGGCAUCGGGUGAUACGUUGUACAUAGCCUCGGACGGCUCCGAGAUGCCGGCGGAGAUCGUGGAGCUGCACGAGAUCGAGGUGGAGUCCAUCCCGGUGGAGACCAUCGAGACCACGGUGGUCGGGGACGACGACUAUGACGACGACGACGACCCCCACGGCCACCAUCACCACCACCACCACCAGCCCAUGAUCGCCCUGCAGCCGCUCGACUCGGACGACCCGGGCCACGUCCACCAUCACCACCACCACCACCACCAGGAGGUCAUCCUGGUCCAGACCCGGGAGGAGGUGGUCGGCGGGGACGACUCGGACCUCAGGACCGACGACGGCUUCGAGGACCAGAUCCUGAUCCCGGUGCCGGCCCCGGCCGGGGAGGACGAGUACAUCGAACAGACCCUGGUGACGGUGGCCGGCAAGAGCUCCUCUUCGGGAGGGAGGAUGAAGAAAGGCGGCAGCGGUAAAAAGAGCGGGAAGAAGAGCUACCUGAGCGGGGCCGAGCCGAGCGGGAGGAAAUGGGAGCAGAAACAGGUCCAGAUCAAGACCCUGGAGGGCGAGUUCUCCGUCACCAUGUGGGCUUCAGAUGACAAGAAAGAUAUUGACCAUGAAACUGUGGUCGAAGAGCAAAUUAUUGGUGAAAACUCUCCUCCUGACUAUUCAGAAUACAUGACCGGAAAGAAACUCCCCCCAGGGGGAAUACCAGGCAUCGACUUAUCUGAUCCCAAGCAACUGGCUGAAUUUGCAAGGAUGAAGCCCAGAAAAAUCAAAGAAGAUGAUGCUCCUAGAACCAUUGCCUGCCCUCACAAAGGAUGUACAAAGAUGUUCAGGGAUAACUCUGCCAUGAGAAAGCACUUGCACACACAUGGUCCAAGAGUACACGUUUGUGCAGAAUGUGGGAAAGCCUUUGUUGAAAGUUCAAAACUUAAGAGACAUCAGUUGGUUCAUACUGGUGAAAAGCCAUUUCAGUGCACGUUUGAAGGCUGUGGCAAGCGAUUCUCAUUGGACUUCAAUUUACGUACUCAUGUGCGGAUUCACACUGGGGAUCGGCCCUAUGUGUGUCCCUUUGAUGGCUGCAACAAGAAAUUUGCUCAGUCUACCAAUCUAAAAUCUCACAUUUUAACACAUGCCAAAGCCAAAAAUAACCAGUGAAAUUCCGCAAAUGGAGAGACCUAUUAUCCUUUAAAAGCAUCAGUGGUGUAUGAUCAAAAUACACCUUCCUUUGUACAAGGUUUGCAGGGAUGGAUCUUAAAAGAAAACCACCUCUACUAAGAUCGUUUUGAUAACGUACUGUAGAUUACUUAUUACAAAGGAGGACUUCAAAAUCCAACGCUCUCUUGCCUGCCCUAUUAUAUAUAAUUUUCCGAAGUGUUUUUUUCUUCUUUUUGUUUUUUGUUUAUUUGUACAGUGAUGCCCUUAUCCCCCUACCUUUUCUCCUGCAGGAGAGCAACUUCACAAAACUGCAUCAAGACUUUCUACCACGUUACUAAAAUUGGACAUGCCUCACUUAUAAAUAGAUUCUCAACUGUUGCAUUUUUAAUUAUUUUUUUUUUUUUUAUUAUUUUAAGUGUGCAUAUUGUACACUUUUUUGGGGGAUAUGCUUAGUAAUGCUAUGUGAUCUAUUCUGGAGGUUGAUAACUUUGCUUGCAGUAGAUUUUCUUUAAAAGAAUUCGGAAGUUACUGUACUAAAUGCAUACUUCAAAAGUAUUUUCCUGUAAAAAAAAAAAAAAAAAGAAAAAAAGAAAAAAGGAAUUUCAUAGGUUUUGUUUGCUCUCUUUUUUUUGGUUGUGUUUUUAGAUGUUUAACACACUUUUGUAUAAUUGUAUCGUAUAUAGCUGUGUUGAAAUCAUGUAGCACCAAAUAUUAGAUGUGAUUUAAGCUAGUGUUAAUUAAAUCCAUUUUAGUCACUUAUUUUGGGGGAAGGGAAUAUGCCAAACAGAUGUUCAUAGUAUUUAUCAGCCCGUUCAAUUACAGAAAUCGGUGCUCAGUUGUAGAAUGUAUUGUAUAAACCCUGACCUUUUUAUUAACUUAGGCAGCCAAAAAGGCAAUGAAUUUGCAUCUUUUGCUAAUACAAUACGUGGUCUUCUGUGCAAGCGCAGAACAUCUUUUACAGUAUAAAACCACUUUUCCUGAAUUUCUAAUGAUACAAAAUUGUCAGUAGUUUAAUUUAAGGUAUCCUGUAAAAAAGUAUACAUUGUGAUAAGAUCUCAUCUUAACAAAGUUAUGUCCUUUCUUUCCUAAGUGAUUUUGAUGUCAAACAUCCAAUAGUUUUUAAACCUCCUGUUUAUUUUACAGUUUGAGUGUUUACUAAUCAAAUUUCAGUUCUGAAGUAAACUGUCUCAAAUGAAGAUAAUAUAUAAACUACUCGCAUUUAUUUACACUAGUGGUAGUAGCUCUUAAUGAAAUUUCCUAUAUAAACAAGAAUACCAAGCACCGGUUUAUUUAUUGUCUAGUAAUGAAGGGGCCAACAGUUCUGUUUUGCUUUUUAGCUGUUGUGGGCAGGCUAUUCAAUAUGGGAGUUGUAGUUAAACACCUCAGAUGGGCAUUGUUUGGGAGGUAGCCAAGACCGGAUAGAUAUUUACCAGCGGUUAAUGUUGAAUAGCACGCAAACCGUUCUGUUCCCUCAUUUAUUCUGUAAUUCUGCAAAAAUUUUCUACGUUCAGUGACUUUUGUUUAUCCAGUACGUAAAACCAGGGCUGGAUACAUAUGAGAUAUCUAUGUACAAGUAGUUAUGGAUUGUUGUUGGUCAAGAAAGUUUCCUACCUGUGUUCCUCCAAACACUGGGCAUAUUUUUUGUAUUUUAAUACUGUAAAUACAUUUAUUUCCCAAAAAUAA